AUGCACGAAGGUGGACAGUUAACGGAGGCUGUUCGACGCCGUCCUUGCACUGUUGUACUUUUUCAUGAAACCGAAAAAGCUCAUCCAGACGUGUUCAAUAUGAUGCUUCAAAUUCUUGAAGAUGGAAGGUUAACUGACGGUAAAGAAUUCGAUAGUCUUCAAGUUGAAGUUUAUGGGAUAGCGUACGAGAAUGAGGAACUUCGAGAACAAUUAGAGGAAGAACAUGAAUCUCUAGCACUAUCAAGAGUGAAAAUCAGUUUGAUGAGUUUCGAGAUUGAAAAAUGUCGAAACCUUGGCUCCAUACUUGCUUUAAGAGAGAGAGAACUAAUGGAAACUGCUUUGAGCUCCAUACUUGCUUUGAGCUCUGCAUAUAAGCAGUCCCAGGAAACUAUGGAGGAAUGA